CUUCCGGUCGGCAUUUUGUUCUGCGAGAGAGAGAGGGAGUCUGUGUGGAUUCUUUUUUGAGCGCCCAGGAGCCUUUCGGCACCGAAUCUUUUUCUGCCAUCGUCCGGAGUAAAGUGCGAGCUUCCGCGGACGCCUACGAGAGGAAUGACCGCCUCCAGUCCGUCUUCAUGUUCGCAGUGAGAGGAAGCGGUGCGACCCGGAUUAUUGUUGUGAGAGGGACACAGCGAGCCCGAACCCCCCACCUUCACCUUUCAACAACAGAGCCUCAGCGAAAGAUGUAAAGGUGGAUCAGUGAGCAGCGACCUGUGCAUCCACGCGAGCUCCCUGUCCUUCUUCAGCAUGAAUGGGGAUAUGCCUCAUGUUCCUAUCACCACUCUCGCUGGGAUUGCAAGCCUCACUGACCUGUUAAAUCAGCUGCCUCUCCCUUCCCCUCUACCUGCCACCACCACUAAGAGCCUGCUAUAUAAUGGGAGGAUCGCUGAGGAGGUCAGCUGUCUGCUGUCCCGGCGGGAUGACACUCUUGUGUCCCAGCUGGCCCACAGCCUCAACCAGGUGUCCACCGAGCACAUAGAGCUGAAGGACAACUUGGGCAGUGAUGACCCGGAAGGAGAUGUGCCUCUACUGCUACAGACGGUGCUGUCCAGGAACCCCAAUGUCUUCAGGGAGAAAAGUUUAAUGCAACAGCCAAUGAUACCACCGUACAAGAUGCCUCAGAAUUCAAUGCAUGGAAGUCCGGCGUCAAACUACCAGCAAACCACUAUAACUCCGAGCCCUCCCAGCCGAUAUGUUCAACCUCAGGCGGGCUCUGGUACCAGGUACAUGCCCCAGCAGAACAGCCCAGUGCCCAGCCCGUAUGCGCCACAGAGCCCCGCAGGCUACAUGCAGUACAGCUACCCUCAGCACCAACAGAUCCAGCAAGUAUCCGUAUCCAGUCCGAUAGUUCCUGGUGGCAUGAGGAACAUCCAUGACAACAAGGUCUCCUGUCAAGUGUCGGGUAACUCCAACCAUAAUGCGAGGCAUUGCUCCAACGAUGAGUACAUCAGCAUCGUCCAGAGACUUGGAAAUGAUGAGAGUGACCCCGCUAUGAGAAACGCCUCUUUUCCUGUACGCUCCGUCUGCUCCCCUGCAGGAAGUGAAGGAACUCCGAAAGUUGGAUCUCGGCCGCCCUUGAUUCUUCAGUCUCCUCCACCCUACACCUCCCCAAGAGAUGCUGCUCCUGACCUCCUGUUGGACUCUCCCGAACGGAAAAAGAAGCAGAAAAAGUUAAUGAAAGAUGAGGGGGGUAAAGGUGCAUUGUACGACAUUGUCAGCUCACCCACUAAAGACUCCACAAAGCUAACAAUAAAGUUGUCUCGAGUGAAGUCUUCUGAGACUGAGCAGUCAGCUGAACCGUUGUCGGCGGUAGAGCAUGGCUCAGAUGCUGAGAAUGAACUAUCGUGCAAUAGCUUACCAUACCACCGGAACCCCCAGGAACGGCUCUCCGCAGGACAGUGUCUUUCGGGUGAGCAGUCGGCCUACCAGCAGGUUCCUGUUCUACAGAACACUGGGGCACUUGCAGCCAAGCAACCCGGGGUAGUUAGUGGAACCCCCUACGACGAGGCAGAGCUGGAUGCUCUUGCUGAGAUCGAAAGGAUUGAGAGGGAAUCCGCUAUCGAACGAGAACGCUGCUCUAAGGAAGUUCAAGAUAAAGAUAAACCUCUGAAGAAGAGAAAGCAGGAUUCGUACCCUCAGGAACCAGGAGCUGCGGGCACCGCAGGGUCUUCUGGAACACCUGGCGUGGGUGGCGGAUGCAAUGCUGGGAACAAAUUGGUACCUCAAGAGGCUUGUGCUGCUAGUAACGGAGCCAGUCGGCCGGCCUUGAUGGUCAGUAUAGACCUUCAGCAGGCAGGCAGGGUGGAAGGGCCAGUGGACUCCUGUCCUGUCCCUGCAACAGAGGCCCAGCGCUGGCCAGAAGAUGGUUCUGAAUCCACCGGGGUCUUGCGGCUUAAAUCAAAGACAGAUGGAGAGGUGCAGAAGACUGUAGAUGGUCGUCCAGAAGUCAUCAAGCAACGGGUGGAGACUGUGCCACAGAAAACUGUUUCAGAUGGACGACCAGAAACUCCCAAACACAAGCACGAGAACCGCCGGGAGAUCUCCAACAAAGUUAGUUCGGAAAAGAAAUCGGAUCCCUCCAAGCACAGACAUGACGGUAAACCUGACAAAGUGAGGCCUGAGGGAAAAGGUCAUGAAACUCCCAGAAAACAGGAAGGACGGUCGGAGUCGACUCGAGAGAGCAAAGGGGAGAGGCAAAAAGAUCGGGAAAAUGAAGGCUCUAAAGUCCGACGACCAGACACAUCUAAGUCCAGCCGGGUAGAGCACAACAGGGACGUAGAUCGGGACCAGGAACGGGAAAAAGAAGGGGAAAAUCGGGACAAGGAGCGAGAGAAAGAUCGAGACAAGGUGCGGGACAAGGAGCAGGAGAAAGAUCAGGACAAGCUGCGGGAGAAAGAUCGGGACAAGCUGCGGGAGAAAGAUAGGGACAAGGUGCGAGAAAAAGAUCGGGACAAAGACCGAGACAAGGAGCGUGUUAAAACUCGGGACAAGGAGCAGGAGAAAGAUCGGGAAAAGGAGCGGGUAAAAGAUCGGGACAAGGAGCGGGUAAAAGAUCGGUACAGGGAACGAGAAAAAGAUCAGGACAAGGAACGGGAGAGGGUCCGGGACAAAGAUCGGGACAAGGAUCGAGACCAAGAAAAGAAACGCCACACAGAAUCAACAGAGGCCCGGGACAAGCGGUCUCCUGAGCAGCGCUCCCGUCCUGACAGUCCACGGGUGAAGCAGGAACCUCGUAGUGGAGCAGAAUCCCGAACAAAACCUGAACGGUCAGUCCACAAAACUCCCAACAACAAAGACGAGAAACGGAGUGGAGACAAGAACCGACUCGAUGGACACAAGCCUCCGUCCUCGGACAGUAAAACAGUAGAAUUUCCCAACUACCUACUGGGGGGCAAAUCGAGUGCAUUAAAGAACUUUGUCAUUCCCAAGUUGAAACGGGACAAAGAUGGUAACGUGAUGCAAGAAAUGCGACGAGAGCUGUUUUCCGAGCCACUUGUGAAAUUAGAAAAACUGGACCUGGUGGAGGACCUCAAUAAGGGCGCCAAACCUGUUGUUGUUCUGAAGAAACUUUCCAUUGAUGAGGUCCAGAAGUUGAUCAGUAAUUCGUGCAGCAAGUCAAGCAAGAGCAAGUCGUCUUACGGAAAAUUUGGAGAGAUGGAUUCCCGUGCACCACUGUGUGAGAGGGUGAAAAUGAAUAAACGCAGACGCAGCUCCACUAAUGACAAGCCCAAGUAUGCUGAAGUCAGCUCAGAUGAUGACAGUAGCUCUGUAGAACUGCCCCCAAAGCGUUCGAAAAAGAACCGAGACAAAACAUGGGAAUAUGAAGAAAAGGACCGGAGGGGUUCUGGAGAUCAUCGACGAAGUCGAGGUCACUACGACAGCCAGAGAAGUUCAGGCAGUCGAUACAGAGAAUGCAGUCCCGUGGACUCGGAUGAAGAUUCACCCCCUCCCAGCCUGAGUGAUCUCGCCAGAAAGUUGAAGAAGAAGGAAAAGCAGAAAAAGAGGAAAGCCUACGAGCCCAAACUGACUUUAGAUGAAAUGAUGGACUCCUCCACGUUCAAGAGAUUUUCCACCAGUGUUGACAACAUUCUUGAAAACCUUGAAGACGUGGACUUGACAUUGUUAGAUGAUGACGAGAUUCCUCAGGAGCUGCUCCUCGGAAAACACCAGUUGUCGGAGUUGAGCAGUGAAUCAGCCAAAAUAAAGGCUAUGGGCAUCAUGCAUAAGAUUCCUACUGAUAAGAUGGUGAAGGUCCAGAGUAUUUUGGAAAAAAAUAUUCAGGAUGGUGCGAAGCUCUCCACCCUCAUGAAUCAUGACAACGACAGGGACGACGAGGAGCGUUUGUGGCGUGAGCUCAUCAUGGAACGUGUCACCAAAUCUGCUGAUGCUUGUCUGACGGCUCUUAACAUCAUGACCUCAGCACGAAUGCCGAAGGCCGUUUACAUUGAGGAUGUUAUCGAGAGGGUCGUGCAGUACACCAAGUUCCAUCUACAGAACACGUUGUACCCGCAGUACGACCCCGUCUACAGGGUGGACCCUCGUGGCGGUGGAACGCUAAGCUCAAAAGCCAAGCGAGCAAAGUGCUCAACGCACAAGCAGAGAGUUACUGUCAUGCUCUACAACAAAGUUUGUGACAUUAUCAGUAACCUAUCUGAACUCUUGGAGAUUCAGCUGUUGACUGACACGACCAUCCUUCAGGUCUCGUCUCUAGGUAUCACUCCAUUCUUUGUUGAGAAUGUGAGUGAGCUGCAGCUUUGUGCCAUUAAACUAGUGACGGCUGUGUUUUCUAGAUACGAGAAGCACAGGCAGCUGAUCCUGGAGGAGAUCUUCACCUCUCUUGCAAGACUGCCAACCAGCAAGAGAAACUUGAGAAAUUUCAGACUGAACAGCAGUGACGUGGAUGGGGAGCCCAUGUACAUUCAGAUGGUGACGGCGCUGGUUCUGCAGCUCAUUCAGUGUGUGGUCCAUCUACCUUCUGAUAAGGAUUUUGAUUAUGAUAAUGACAGAAAGGUUGAUAAGGAUGUAUUAAUCACAAACUCGUAUGAGACUGCAAUGAGGACAGCACAAAACUUCCUCUCCGUUUUCCUCAAAAAGUGUGGUAGUAAGCAAGGUGAGGAUGACUACAGGCCACUGUUUGAGAACUUUGUUCAGGAUCUGCUGUCCACAGUGAAUAAACCUGAUUGGCCAGCUGCAGAGCUGCUGCUGAGCCUUCUGGGAAGGCUGCUGGUUCAUCAAUUCAGUAAUAAGCAGACAGAGAUGGCUUUGAGAGUGGCCUCUUUGGAUUAUUUGGGCACAGUGGCUGCACGUCUUCGCAAAGAUGCUGUCACCAGCAAAAUGGACCAGCGUUCAAUCAACCGCAUCCUCGGAGAGAGCUCAGGUGGCGAUGAGAUUCAGCAGCUGCAGAAGGCUCUGCUGGGUUACCUGGACGAGAAUGUAGAGACUGACCCGUCACUAUUGUUUGCGCGGAAGUUCUACAUCGCUCAGUGGUUCAGGGACACCAGUACUGAGACAGAGAAAGCCAUGAAAUCGCAGAGUCAGAGGGACGACGACUCGUCCGAUGGGGCGCACCAUGCAAGGGACGUCGAGACCACUAGUGAGAUCUUGCAGAAAGCCGAAGUGCGCAAGAAGUUCCUCCGGUCUGUUAUCAAGACCACGGCAUCGAAAUUCAGCUCUCUGAGAGUAAACUCGGAUACUGUCGACUAUGAGGACUCGUGUCUUAUUGUGCGAUAUCUAGCCUCCAUGAGGCCGUUUGCACAGAGCUUUGAUAUUUAUCUCACACAGAUUUUGAGAGUCCUCGGUGAAAGUGCCAUCGCGGUGAGAACUAAAGCGAUGAAAUGUCUUUCUGAAGUGGUUGCAGUGGAUCCGAGCAUUCUGGCACGGUCGGACAUGCAGCGGGGAGUUCAUGGCCGACUGAUGGACAAUUCCACCAGUGUGAGAGAAGCUGCGGUAGAGCUGCUGGGGCGCUUCGUACUGAGUCGACCACAGCUAACUGAACAGUAUUAUGACAUGCUGAUCGAGCGCAUCCUGGACACAGGCAUCAGUGUGAGGAAGAGAGUUAUUAAAAUUCUACGGGACAUCUGUCUGGAGCAGCCCACCUUCAACAAGAUCACAGAGAUGUGUGUAAAGAUGAUCAGGAGGGUCAGUGACGAAGAAGGCAUCAAGAAAUUGGUAAAUGAGACAUUUCAGAAGCUCUGGUUCACCCCAACACCUAAUCAUGAUAAAGAGGCCAUGACUCGCAAGAUUCUCAACAUCACAGACGUGGUCGCUGCAUGCAAGGAUUCCGGUUACGACUGGUUCGAACAGCUCCUUCAGAAUCUGCUAAAGUCAGAAGAGGAUGCCUCGUACAAACCGGCCAGGAAGGCUUGUGCUCAGCUGGUGGACAGUCUCGUAGAUCAUAUUCUGAAAUACGAGGAGUCUCUCGCUGACUGUGAGAAUAAGGGGUUGACAUCCGAUCGCCUAGUGGCAUGUAUCACCACGCUGUACCUGUUUAGCAAGAUCCGACCCCAGUUGAUGGUGAAACAUGCCAUGACUAUGCAGCCGUACCUGACCACAAAGUGUAAUACUCAGAGUGAUUUUAUGGUGAUCUGUAAUGUGGCUAAAAUCCUGGAGCUCGUUGUUCCUUUGAUGGACCAUCCGAGUGAAAACUUCCUCACCACCAUCGAAGAAGACCUGAUGAAACUCAUCAUCAAAUACGGCAUGACGGUUGUGCAAUCAGUGGUCAUAAAGGACAAAGUGCUGGAGCUGCUGCUGUAUUUCACUAAAAAUGAGGAUGAGGAGGUGCAGACCAAGGCCAUCAUUGGUCUAGGCUUCCUGUUAAUCCAGCACCCAGGGCUAAUGUUUGCUUCAGAUGUGAAAAACCUCUACAACUGCCUCCUGGCUGACAGGAAAACGUCAUUGAAUCUGAAGAUCCAGGUGCUAAAGAAUCUGCAGACAUACCUGCAGGAGGAAGACUCGCGCAUGCAGGAAGCCGACAGGGAGUGGAAGAAGAUGUCUAAGCAGGAGGACUUGAAGGAGAUGGGUGACAUCUCAUCUGGCAUGAGCAGUUCUAUCAUGCAGCUCUACCUCAAGCAGGUGCUGGAGAGCUUUUUCCACACGCAAUCCAGCGUAAGGCACUUUGCCCUCAAUGUAAUCGCCCUGACGCUCAGCCAAGGCCUCGUUCAUCCCGUACAGUGCGUUCCGUAUCUUAUCGCAAUGGGAACUGACUCAGAACCCACUAUGAGGAAUAAAGCUGAUCAACAGCUGGUGGAGAUUGAUAAGAAAUACACAGGAUUCAUUCACAUGAAGGCUGUGGCGGGGAUGAAGAUGUCCUAUCAGGUGCAGCAAGCCAUCGUGGAUUCAAAGGACACUGUAAUCAGGGGUUUCCGACAGGAUGAGACAAACACGGCUCUUUGCUCUCACCUCUACACCAUGGUGCGCGUAAACAGACAACACCGCAGGGCUUUCCUCAUCUCGCUGCUCAACCUGUUUGAUGACAACACGAAGUCAGACGUGAACUUGCUGCUGUAUACUGCAGACAAUCUCGCCUGCUUCCCAUAUCAGAGUCAGGAAGAGCCACUGUUCAUCAUGCACCAUGUAGACAUCACACUAUCAGUGUCCGGCAGCAACCUGCUGCAGUCCUUCAAAGAGUCUUUGCUAAAAGAGCCUAGACCACGGGAAAAGAAGAAAAAACGAGGGAAAAAAUAUGGCUCUGAGGAAGAGGAUGAGAGUAGCAGAGGAAGCAGUAGUGAUAGUGAUAGCAGCGAUGAUGUCAUCCGUCGGCCCAAGAAACCCAGACGAUCCGCUGCAGUGAACUCUGACUCAGAUUCAGACCUCGACUUGGAGGACGUAGACAAGGUCAUGCAGCGUCUACCUGACAACCCCGAGCCCUUACUGGAUUUUGCCAAUGCCUCUCAGGGCAUCUUGCUGCUCCUGAUGCUCAAGCAGCACCUUAAGAACCUCUACGGCUUCUCUGACAGUAAAAUUCAGAAGUACUCACCUACGGAAUCUGCAAAGGUUUAUGAUAAGGCUGUAAACAGGAAGGCCAAUGUGCAUUUUAACCCACGGCAGACACUGGACUACCUGACGAACAACCUGUCCAAUGCAGAUCUUACUUACGAUGUCAAGAGGAGAGUCGUCAGACAGUAUUUAGAUUUUAAGGUACUGAUGGAGCACUUGGACCCAGAUGAGGAAGAUGAGGAAGGGGACGCUUCAGCUAGUAUCCACGCCAGAAAUAAAGCCAUCACUGCUCUACUAGGAGGCUCCAGCCCCAAGAAUAAUGCUGCUGACUCGUACGACGACGACAGUGAUGCGGACGAAAAGGCUCCUGGGUCGUCACGGAGAUCCAGAAGAGGCGGCGAUUCCGCAGAGGCAUCAGGUCACAUGAACGAAACGGUAAAAGCCAUGGAUGUCAUCGCUAUCUGCUGCCCCAAGUACAAGGACCGGCCGCAGAUAGCGCGCGUUAUUCAGAAGACAAGCACAGGCUACAGCAUUCGCUGGAUGGCUGGCUCGUACUCCGGCACCUGGGCGGAGGCCAAGAAACGCGACGGACGUAAACUGGUGCCUUGGGUGGACACUAUAAAGGAGUCUGACAUUAUUUACAAGAAAAUUGCCUUGACAAGCGCACACAAACUGUCCAACAAAGUAGUGCAGACUUUACGUUCACUGUACGCAGCCAAGGAAGGAACUUCCAGCUAAUUCAAUCUGUAAUAACUCUGGAACUGUUACACCCAACAGACUCUCAGCAGCCAAACUUCAUCAGGAUUUAACGUUUUGUAAACUUAAGUCGGAGAGAAAAGAGUACUACAGACUCACAGGUUUUAAGAUCCAAGGCAGGAACUGGUCAAAUUAAAGAACGACGAUUUUAAAAAGUGUGGUCUGUUUGGAAAUGUAGAUGUGAUUCCUGUACAUCUUUUAAGUUAAACGGAAAAGAAAGAAACGGAGCUCCUUCGCUGUUGUGCAGCAACUUGGUUGUUUGAAUUUUUUCCCCCCUCCACUGUAUCAUAGUUUAACACAAAACAGAAACAAAAAAUGUUUAUAUCUCUGACGAAAAAAAAAAUCUGUUUAAAGAAAUAAACCUAAAGUGAAUGUUGGAAAUUAGUCUGUUGAUGUUCUUAAUAAAGUGACCUUGGAGUUUAACCUAGCACCGGAUGGAUUUCUUUAGCUUAGCUCAAUUUCCAGGGAAAUAAACUUUUAAACAUCUCCUCUGCUUUAUGUUCUACUUCUUUUGUGCUGUAAAAUGGAGUCUCCUGGACAUAAUUUAUUCGGUUGAAAGCAGAGCAUGCAGUAUCUGUCGCCUACAUGGAAGGGAGGGUUUUUUGUAAAUCUAGAUUUUGAUGUAUUGGGUCAGGGUUUGGGUCUCUACACCCCACAGUGGGACGAGGGACCCCCAGCAUGUGUGGAGGAACAAAUACUGCAAUAAAUUUUUUACUUCUCUUUG